CAUUAAUAUAACACUCUACCCUUAGCUAGCUAUCAUGUCAACCAUUUAAUGCUUUCAAAACAACUCUUCUAUAUAUAUGUAAGACCUCAUUCACUUUCUUGUUCACCACAAUUCCACGUAUCUCUCUUCUUGCGAAUGAAGAUCACGAAGGGCAAGUUUCCAAAGAUAUGCCUAAAGAAAUGGCAAAAGAUGAGCAGUAGAGUCAUACCUUCUGGAGGCUGUGAAUGCUGCCACCAAUGGGCUCUGUGGCCUUCCAUGCAGGAAGAGAAGUGUAUUCCAAGAGAUGUUCCAAAAGGCCACUUGGUUGUGUAUGUAGGAGAAGAUUACAAAAGAUAUGUGAUCAACAUCAGCUUACUGAAGCACCCACUCUUCAAGGCAUUGUUGGAUCAAGCCAGGGACGAAUACGAUUUCAAUGCUGCCUCAAAACUCUGCAUACCUUGUGAUGAGAACAUCUUUCUCAGCGUGGUCAGGUGCGCUGCAUCUUCGCAGGAUCGAAGAAUCUUUUUGUGCCUAUGAUGGAUCUCUUGAUUCAUUUGUUCUAUGACGCGCACCUCAUAAAUUAGGAUGACCAUGUAUGUAGCCAGCCAUAUAUAACCUGUUCAUACUCAUCAAAUUGUAGUAUAUUUUACUAUCUAAUCUUAUCAAUGUAUUUCGGCCCCAGAAGAAGGGAAUGCUGUUCUUAUUCAUUUUCCCGUUUCCAACGCUUGCUGAAAAGUGAAAUGCAACUAAGUAAUAGCCAAGCAAAAAGUGUC